AGAAACAGCAACGAUAGUGCAUCACUGUCGUAAGCAACUUCAGGCGUUUCUCCGAUAAUAUGAGAUCUCUUUUGGUAUUAUUUGCGGCCUUGUGCCUAGUCGGAUUCGUGCUCGCAAAGCCUAUCCCUGAAGAUGAUACAGAAGCCACAACAGAAGAACCAAAAGCCGAAGAUGCGGCAGAACAAACGACGGCUGAGGAUGCCGGAGGAAGUGACGGAGAGAAAAACGACGACGAAAAGCCAAGCGAUGAUGCUUCAGCUAACGAUCAACCGAAGGACGUAGAAGGAGAAGGAGACGGCAAAGAAUCACCAAAAACCGAGGGUGAAGCCAAAAACGAUCCUCAGGAAACGUAUAACAAAGUCAUCGAGCUGCUGGAUCAAAUCAAGGUGGAUAACGUAGAGAAUGGAUAUGAGCGAUCCGAGCUGACAUCAGACUUGCAAACCUAUCUACGUAAUCCGAUAGUGGACGCAAUCGGAACGGUUGGUGACUUUUCGAAGAUUGCGGACUGUUUCAAAUCCAUGGGGGACGAAACGAAGAAGGCGAUCGAAGAGGAAUUGAAAGCGUUCAAAGAAUGUACCGACAAAAAGGACAGCGAUGAAUAUCAAUGUUCUAAAAAUCACAGCACAGUGCAGGGAAAAAUCGCCAAAAUAAGUUCUACGAUCAAUUCGUGUGUUGUUUCUAAUAGGGCAUGAUCUUUGGAACAAGCAAAUAUAUUUACUUGAAUUAC